AUGAAAGCUUGUGGAGAAACGAUUACAGACCUUAUGUUGAUUGAGAAAAUCAUGAGAUCACUACCACAGAAGUUUGAUCACAUUGUGGUAGCAAUCGAAGAGUCAAGAGACCUGGAAAAACUCAAGGUAGAAGAACUCCAAAGCUCAUUAGAGGCGCAUAAGAUGAGAAUGAGUGAAAGAAAUCCUAUUAAACUCAACGAGCAGGCGUUGAAAGUUCAACAUUCUAAGAGCAAAGGGAAGAAAAAGAAUAAGUUUCAAAGCAAAGAGACUCAUCUUGCACAGGAAGAAUCAGAUUCAAAACCACUAAUCCUGAUGGUAAUGACAACUACUGAAGGUAUGAAGUCAUUGGAUAAAGGUUGGUAUCUUGACUCAGGUUGCUCGAAUCACAUGACAUGCAAUAGAGAGUGGCUGGUUAAUUUUGAUAAUACAAAGAAGAGCAAAGCCAGAUUUGCAGACGACAACACACUAAUGGUUGAAGGAAUGGGUGAUGUGAUAAUCAACAGGAAGAAUGGUUCGCAAGCUUUAAUCUCCAACGUGUUGUUCGUGCCUGGUAUGAAAUGCAAUCUUCUCAGCAUUGGACAACUGGUUGAAAAGGGAUACACGGUGUGUUAG